AUGAAGUCUAUGCAGAGAGUGGCGAAAGAAUUGCAGGAUAUAAAGAAAGAGCCUAAUCCAGUCGCCAGUAUUGGACCAAAGGAUAGUCGUGGUAAUGACCUAAGCAUCUUGGAAGCCUGCCUUAUGGGUCCUGAUGGUAGUCCUUAUGCAGGGGGUGUAUUUAGAGUCUCGAUAACUAUACCCGAUAGAUAUCCAAUGAAGCCACCCAAGGUCAAGUUUGAAACAAAAAUUUACCACCCUAAUAUUGAUUCCAGGGGUAACAUUUGCCUCGACAUUCUUAAGGACAAAUGGACUCCUGCCCUUGGCAUAUCCACUCUGCUUUUGUCUAUAAGUUCACUGCUGAAUGAGCCCAACCCUAAUGAUCCAUUGGACCCCGCUAUUGGCAGACAGUACUUAAACGAUCGUGCCCAGUAUAUCAUGACUGCUCAGGAGUGGACCCGGGACAAUGCAUGA